UACUGAGCUCGCUCCCUUUCCUCUCUCUCUCUCUCUUUGGUUGAAGCUGCAAAAGCAUCUUCGUACGUGUGCUCUUAUCAGCUUUUUUGCUUCUUCUUUGUUUUCUCUGGGCUGCAGUUUUUGGUAAGGUAAGUAGUUUGUUGUUGAAAGUUCUUUUGUUGGUUUCGUAAGAGUUUUGAGUGAGAGAGAGAGAGAGAGAGAGAGAAAUAGUCAGACACAGAGAUGGAGAGGGACUUUCUGGGUUUGACCUCCAAAAACGUUUCUGUAAACAUGGAGGCCAAUGAAGAUUCAAAUAACUCAGCACAGCUGAGACGUUCAGGGAUGCAGUGGCCAUUCUCAAACAAGAUUUCUGCAGGACCUCAGUUCCUGUCUUUCAGGGCUACUCAAGAAGAUCAUAGUCCCAGAAAGACUCUGCAUGAUCCACUGGCAUCAUCUGGAUCUAUGACUAUUUCAUCUGCUGAUGUUUUGGACACUAACCAGAAACCAUACUCUGGGGUAAUCCAGAAGAAUUUGAGUUUUGAUAAGCAAGUGGAGAACCAGUAUGCAAUGAAAGUCUAUCCUUUACAACACCAUGAUGCCUAUUCAAUUCAUCGCUCCCGGAAAGUGAGAGUAUUCCCAGUCUCCAAUCAACAAAAUCAAACUAGUACGGUUGCUUUGGGCACUACUGUGCUUCAAUCUCACCAGGUUUCUACUGGCCAGAACAUGGUUGGGUCUACCAUAAAACCGAAACCUCAUAGGGUCACAGCUCCUGUUUCUGUUCUUCCUUCCACAGGUUCUGUGGUUGGUACCACCGAUCUCAGGAAUGGUUCAAAAUUCUCUGGGGCACCUGCUCAGCUGACUGUCUUUUAUGCUGGUUCAGUGAGCGUUUAUGAUGAUAUUACUCCUGAAAGGGCUCUGGCCAUUAUGUUACUGGGUGGAAAUGGGUCAUCUACAGCAGAUGAUAUGACACUUUCAACAACCCAAGAGCCUUCCCCAUUUGAUGGCAUGAUUAAAAACCGGUCCCAUACCACAACACUGUUCCCAGGGCCUCCAAACCCUCUUUCUUUUCCAUCCCAAGCUUGUUCUCAGUUGGGAGUAGGAGCAAGUGGUACCAAUGAAUCAGAGAGAGUCAAACCAAUGGAAACUUCAUCAGAGUCUCACAAAGUAUUCAGUCUAGCAGAGCAUGCUGGUACAACCUUAAUUCCAACAGUGGGUUUGCCUCAAGCACGCAAAGCAUCCUUGGCUCGAUUUUUAGAGAAGCGCAAGGAAAGGGUGAUGCACAUAUCGCCAUACAAUGUCAGCAAGCAAUCUCCAGGCUGCAGCACUCCUAGAUCUGACACUGGUUCAUCUCAGCCCACAUCAAUGAAUUAGUGAGAGAGAUGAACAGAGAACAGCUGCACACUACUAUAGUAAAUAAUGGAGAGAUCUUCAUUGGCAUUUUUUUUUUUUUAAUGUUAAGCUCAAUUCUUUUCGCCCCAAGUUCUAGAUAAAUUUGUCAGAUAUAUUAUUCUGUUUUUGUUUUCAUGUUUUUAAAUUAUUGAAACUACAGACGAACUCUUUUUUUUUUUA